UGAUGCAGAUGACGCAGAUGUAUUUCCUAGAUAACACACAAACAAGAGAGACUCCUGUCAACCUGCUGUCAGUUACAGUCACUCACUCACCAGAAUGUUUGGAAACUUUGUUGCGUCACAGCAUGCAAAAUACUGCCACAUCAGGGAUAACGCAGGGAGACAGAGCUAGAGUCUAUCCUAUCCUACUGCAGUCCACCGACUGUACAGGUGUCAUUUCUACGGACUAAAUUAACCCCUAGGGUCCAUAAAGUGUCACAUAGAUUUAUCAAGGGGAGGCUGUUCAAUGCACAAGGAGACUCAUCUUUCACUCACAAAGAGGAUUAGGCCUACUAACAUUGGAGUGAAGUUAUCAGGAUAACUACAUCCCCUGGAAUAUCACCCUUUCACCUGGGAAUGAUGGACAACAUAACACCCCCAGCUCUGGAGGAAAUGAAGGAUGUUGAGAAAGAAAAGGAGACGGUGGAAGGAGAGUUGGAGAAUGGAGACCAUGACAAUGACAAUGAUGAUGCAUUUCUUGGACCCUUGAAUGAUAUCAACCAACAUCCACCCAGUGUGUUUGGUACGGUGAAACCACAAACCAAACUUCUCUCUAGCCCGGACUCACCCUCUAACAGUCUGGAACUACAAGGCCAUAAAAGAGGACCAGAAGAGAGACCAAGGCAUCUGGAAGAUACAGAACCAGCCUCUGACAUGCAUGUGACUCAGGGCCUUUUGGUUGAUAUUCAAAGAUGUGACAGUGGAGUGUGGGAGAGGGGAGAAGAGAGGGGAAAAGUGCAUGUAGAAGAGGAGGAGUGGUCAGAGAGUGAGAGAGUAAAGGAUUCAAGGAUUAACAGAAGGAGCGCGAAGGAGAGAUGGAGACUGAGGAAGAGGGAGAGGUUGGGAGGGAGCAUGCCAGCAGCAAAGACAGAGGGGUGGGAAAAGAUGGAGAAAAGAGAGAGAUGGAGUGAGUCAAGGAGGAUGAGGAAAAUGGAAGAGGAAGAGGGGAUGCAAGAUGGAGGUGUGCUGAAUGAGAGGAGCGAGGAGAGGAAGAGUGCAGAGGAGAUAGGAGAUAAAGAGACAGAGAGGAUAGGGGAUAGAGAGAUAGACAGAGAGGGCACAGGGGAUAGCGAGAUGGAAGUAGGAAGUGCAUGGGACAGAAAGAUGGAAGGAGAGCGUGCAGGGGAUAGUAAGAUGGAAGGAGAGAGUGUCAGGGAUAGAGAGAAGGAUGGCGAGAAGGAGGGUGCCAGCAGCCUGAGCUCUGAAGGGAGCUGGUCUCCUUCUCCCCAUCCCAUCUUCUCCAGGAUGCACAUGCACUCCUCCGUCUCAUCCUCCUCUUCCUCCUUCAACUGCUCCUCAGCGGAAAGCGAUGAUGUCUUCAGCGAAGGAGAGGACACAGCCAGCAAAAGGAGCACCAUGAGGAGGUGUCGCUCCUGGAGGACCUUCCUAACCGUGAUGCAGUGGUCAGUGCGUCGGCAGAGCUCAUGGGUCCAGCUAGCAGGACAUCAAGGCAUGUGUCCAUUUAACAACACAAACACAUCAAUAUAGCACUUUAUAUGUACUGUAUAACUCACUGUAUCACAUCUCACCAUUUACUCACACAUCAUCAGCUCUCCAAAUCAUUCACUCAUUCUGUUACAAUGUGAGCAUUGAGGAAACUGCAGAUACAUUGGUUAGUUAGUGAAUGUAGAAGUUAAAGUUAAAUAUUGACUACACCCACCCUCCCCUUGCCCCUGCCUAUAUGUUGCUAGGUAACUUCCAGCUGAGUGAGGGGGGUGAGGUGCUGAAGCGUUUCAGUGAGGUGGAGGCUGUGUGUCUUCAGGCCCUCAUGGCCGACCCCCUGCGUCCAUUUGUACCGCAGUAUCAUGGCUUGGUCACCAAGGGGGGCGAGAGUUACAUCCGCCUGAAGGACUUACUGAGUGGCCUGAAGAACCCUGUCAUCAUGGACUGCAAGAUGGGCGUGAGGACAUACCAAGAGGAGGAGUUAACCAAAGCACACACUAAACCCACCCUGCGGACUGAUAUGUACCAGAAGAUGGUAAAAGUAGAUCCGACGGCUCCCACAGUGGAGGAACAUGAGCAGCGAGGUGUGACAAAGUGGCGCUACCUGCAGUGGAGGGAUAACACCAGCUCAACUGCCACAUUAGGCUUCAGGAUCGAGUGCAUCAUGAUGGAGAAUGGCAGCGUACAGCGGGACUUUAAGAAGAUGCUAACACCAGCCCAGGUCACCGAGGCCCUCCUCUCCUUCACCAAGAGUCAGCUACACAUCCUGAAGGCCUACCAUUCCAGACUUCAGGCUCUGGAUGAAGCCCUGAAGGAAUCCCCAUUUUUCAAAGCCCACGAGGUGAUUGGCAGCUCGCUCCUCUUUGUCCACGACCGGACCAGUCAGGCAAGCAUCUGGAUGAUAGACUUUGGGAAGACCACCCCAUCGCCCAGCAGUGUGCAGCUGAGGCACGACGUCCCUUGGGCAGAGGGGAAUCGGGAGGACGGGUACCUGAUCGGGCUGGCCUCCCUCACCUCUUUUGUGGGUCAGGCCAUCAGCCAGGCAGGCUGCAGAAAGGAAGAGAACCAUGGAGAGGAGAUGGGCAGUGUCGCACACACCCUACAGGAACACACACAGACUAAAAGUCAGGGUGGUCAGGGCGAGGCAGCACAGAAUGAAGGUACUUCUGAUGGAACAAGAGAGACCACAUCAGGACAAUACUCCCAGGAAUGUGUUCUCUAAUUUACAUGGAUUAUGUUUGUGGAUGAUUUGAGGCAUUGCAAUAGACAGUAUUAAUGGACAGAAGUCUCAACUGUUUAGACAGAAUACAGGGUGAGUUGAGUUGAAUAAGGUGUUUAUGGACAAUAUUUUUUCAUUUUUUACAAUAAAAACGACCU